AUGACGAAGCGCACUAAGAAGGUCGGCAUCACCGGUAAAUAUGGUACCAGAUACGGUGCCUCCCUGCGUAAGCAGGUGAAGAAGAUGGAAGUGUCCCAGCACGCCCGUUACAUCUGCACCUUCUGCGGAAAGAACACCGUCAAGCGCCAGGCUGUUGGUAUCUGGGAGUGCAAGGGCUGCAAGAAGACCGUUGCCGGUGGUGCCUACACCGUCUCUACCCCCGCCGCCGCUGCCACCCGCUCCACCAUCCGCCGUCUCAGAGAAAUUGCGGAGGUCUAAAUGUGAUGAUGGGAUUUCCUUUUCUUUACGUUUGAAAUAAAAAA